GGAAACCGGAAGUGAGGAUUAUACUCAGUUUCCCCCUCCCCUCCGCCGCUUCCAAACCUUUUCCCUCCUCGGCUUCUUCGCUGGCCCUGGAACUCCCUCCGCCCCGCGCCUCCAGCCUCGGGAACCUAGAGCCUCAGGGAUGGCCUUUGAGAGGGACAGACUCCCAGCCCAGGAGGUGGUGACAUUCAAGGAUGUGGCUGUGGACUUCACGCAGAAGGAGUGGCGCCUCUUGUCUCCUGCACAGAAGGAGUUGUACAAGGAGGUGAUGCUGGAGAAUGCCCAGAACCUGCUUUCUAUGGGGCUUCCAGGUCCCCCAGAAGACAUGAUCUCUUAUUUAGAGCAGAAGGAGUUCCCAUGGAUGCUGGAGCAUGAAGACCUGAGGAGCUUCUGCCCAGAAGGAGAGAUCAGACUUGAAAUGAAGGCGAAUCCAACAGAGGUGAGCCUUCCUGUGGAAGAAAUGGAUCUACAAAGUUUCAUGAAUGAUGGUCUCGAUAACUUUGCUUUCAGAGAAUUCUGUGUUGCAUCUCAAAAUUCAUCUCAUAUUGAACAUCAAAGAAUGCACAGUGAUAAAAAAUCAAGUGUAUGUAAUCAGUGUGGAAAGAGUUUUAUGCACAGGACCAGUCUUGCUGGACAUCAGAGAAUCCACUCUGGUGAGAGACCUUAUGAAUGCAAUCAGUGUGGAAAGACAUUCACAGAUAGCUCCAAUCUUGCUGUACAUCAGAGAGUCCACACUGGGGAGAGACCUUAUCAAUGCAAUCAGUGUGGAAAGACAUUUAGUCGAAGCUCCAGUCUUGCUGUACAUCAGAGAAUCCACACUGGGGAGAAACCUUAUGAAUGCAAGCAAUGUGGAACAACAUUCAGUCAUAGCUCCAGUUUUGCUGUACAUCUGAGAAUCCACAGUGGGGAGAAACCUUAUGAAUGCAAGCAAUGUGGAAAAACAUUCAGUACAAGCUCCCGUCUUACUGUUCAUCAGAGAAUUCAUACAGGGGACAAACCUCAUGAAUGUAAGCAGUGUGGAAAGACAUUCAAUCGUAGCUCCACUCUUGUUGUACAUCAGAGAAUCCACACUGGGGAUAAACCAUAUGAAUGCAAGCAGUGUGGAAAGACAUUCAGUACGAGCUCUAGUCUUGCUGUUCAUCAGCGCAUUCACACUGGUGAGAAGCCUUAUGAAUGCAAGCAGUGUGGAAAGACAUUCACUCAAAUCUCUAUUCUUGAUGUACAUCAGAGAAAACAUACUGGUGAGAAACCAUAUAAAUGUAAGCAAUGUGAAAAGUCAUUCAGUCAGAGCUCCUGUCUUGCUGAACACCAGAGAAUUCACACUGGGGAAAAACCAUAUGUAUGCAAGCAGUGUGGAGAGACAUUUAGUCGGAGCUCCAGUCUUGUUGUACAUCAGAGAAUCCACACAGGCGAGAAACCAUAUGAAUGCAAGCAGUGUGGAAAGACAUUCACGCAGAUCUCCAGUCUUGCAGUUCAUGAAAGAACCCACACUGGGGAGAAACCAUAUGAAUGCAAGCAAUGUGGAAAGACAUUCAUUUCAAUCUCCAGUCUUGCUGUACAUCAGAGAACCCACACUGGGGAGAAACCUUAUAAAUGCAAGCAAUGUGCACAGACAUUCAGUACAGGCUCCAGUCUUGUUGUACAUCAGAGAAUUCAUACUGGGGAGAAACCCUAUGAAUGCAAACAGUGUGGAGAGACAUUUAGUCGGAGUUCCCGUCUUGCUGAACAUAUGAGAAUCCACACUGGUGAGAAACCUUAUGAAUGUAAGCAAUGUGGGAAGAGUUUCCGACUAAGCUCCAGUUUUUCAGUCCAUCAGAGAAUUCACACUGGGGAAAAACCAUAUAAAUGCAAGCAAUGUGCACAGACAUUCAGUACAGGCUCCAGUCUUGCUGUACAUCAGAGAACCCACACUGGGGAGAAACCUUAUGAAUGCAAGCAGUGUGGAAACACAUUCACACAGAUCUCCAGUCUUUCUGUACAUGAGAGGACCCACACUGGGGAGAAACCUUAUGAAUGCAAGGAGUGUGGAAAGAUAUUCAGUCGGAGCUCCAGUCUUGCUGUACAUCAGAGAACUCACACUGGAGAAAAACCGUAUGAAUGCAAGCAAUGUGCACAGACAUUCAGUACGGGCUCCAGUCUUGCUGUACAUCAGAGAACCCAUACUGGGGAGAAGCCUUAUAAAUGCAAGCAGUGUGGAAAGACAUUCACAAAUAACUACAGUUUUAUUGUACAUCAUAGAAUCCACACUGGAGAAGAAUCUUAAGAAUAUAGCCUGUGUGGAAAGAUGUUUGCAUGAAACUCCAGUGUUGCUAAUGUGUGAAGGAAAUUUUCCCUACCCCCUUUAUGGGGCAAUACAACUGGAAUGAGCCUGAAUUUGACUGAGAAUGUCAGAAAGAAAAAGGCAGCAAUGGAUUCAAGAUCUCAUGAGAUGAGGACAAGGUGAUGUUUCCUGUAAUACCCCAUGUACUUCCCCCCCGGGUGGCCCAGGCAAAAUAUAAAGUCACAGUUGGGUCCUGAGAUGAGAUUUGUGAGAGUUAAUGGGUGGAGAAAAGGCUUGAUAAAUAGAAGCAAGAGUAGAUUCUGAGCUUUUUUCUUUCAGUUUUGUUUUUGGCUGUACUUCCCCAUGAGCAUGACUAGGAUGCCCUGAUAGUGGCUACAGAAUAGCAAGCUAGACAGAGUAGUGAGGAAAAGAUAUCUCCUAUUUUCCACUUUUUCUCCCUGCUAUCUUAGAUUAAAUAAAAUUAUUUUAUCUACAGUCUCAUCAUUUCCCUUUUAUAUUAUACAUCACAGAAACCACAGACAUUCACACUCAGCUCUCACUUUUCCCCAAAUCAGACAUUUCACUCUACUGUCAUAAGCUCUGCUAUGAUCAGGUCCAAAUAGGCAUCUGAUUUAGAUCUAAUUUGUGAUCCCAUAGGAAAAUUAAGAGUGUAGAAUAGUUUAUCUUUCAGAUCAGUUUAUUGAUAAGGGAAGAAUUCAUAACCACAUAAGUAGAUAACAUGAGAUGUAAAAUAGCUAUUUUUUAUUAGAUACAAAGCUGUACAAAGAAAAUGCAACCAAGAUUAAAAGUGGAAACAAGGAAGUUAUUUGCUUUACAAUAUAUCCAAUUAAGUAUUUCCAUUUUUAAAGAUUCUUGAACUAUUCUCAAAUGGCUUAACUCAUGAUUUGAUGGCAACCAGUUGUAAAGAGUUAGUUUUGGGAGGAAAUAAUUAGCAUCAUUUCCUGUACAAUGAUUUCCAGAAAAUUCCUAUAAAGCAAAAGUUAAGACAAAACAUAGUAUUGUGUAUUUCAAAUAUGAAGUAAAUUUGUUGAUAUUCCUAUGACUUCAGUUCAGUGCAUUAUCAAAAUGGUUAUCUUACAUAGAAAUCACCAUGUAUCAGCUUGGCAUUCUGUACUGAUUGCACCCAGAGGCCAGUGUAACAUAACUGAUAAAAUUAUACUUAUUCUACAAUUUCUAGCCCUAUUUGUUACAUAGAAAAUCUUAAUCUUAUUUUGCAUUAAGGUCUGUGCUACAUAUAUGGCCCAGACUUAUCACACCAGUAUAGAAUUGAAAGCUAAAUAGGUUUGUUGAAAGGAGGCCAGGCUUCCAAUAAAGCCAAACUGGUGAAAUCAAGAGUAGAGACCCUGAGGUGUAGGAGAUAGCUUUUUUUAUGCCAAGAAAUCUGAUGACAGUACAGAAAACACAGUCAUAAUAAAAAUAGGAUGGUUGUAAAAGUGUUCAUAUGGUCAUCUUAAUGACAAUGCUGAUUAAUCUGGGAAGUGUAAAAAGGAUUACUAUGGGUGGUAACUUGCAGUACUCACAUUCUUGGUGUUUUUACUGGAUGAUUAUGGUGAAAUAAUAAGAUUCAGCAAUUUGGUUAACUAUUAUUUGAAAAGAAGAGUAGCCCCCCUCCUCCUGUGUGACUUGUUUUACAAACAAGACCACCCUUUCUUUUUGUCUGACCCUGUUGUUAUACACCCAAGAGGGGUGUGGUAAGAUUUAAGGAAACUCCUAGCUGACAGGCUUAAGGUCAGGAUACAAAUAAGAUUUUAUAGUAUUCCAAACUAAAUUUCAUAGCUAAUAUUUAUAGUUUUUAUAAAGCAAACUAUUAUUUGAGUAUAAACUCAAAACUAAUGAUUUUGUUAUAAAAACAACCAUGAAGGCUAUCACUACUAUGAUUAUAAAAGGGGGUUAGGGGUUUCACACUCUCACAUGGUCAAAUAUAAUUAUCCUAAUAGGAAAACAGAUGUUAAUUGAAGUGCUACAACCUUAUAAUUUAUAUUAAAACAGUUCCAUAGAAUCUAGAUUCAUUCAUUUCAGUGGUCCUUUACAGAAUCUUUUCAAGAGACAUUUGCUGUCAGCACCUCAAAUGAUAGGGACCACUACUUUCAGAUUAGUCUGCUGCCCAGUGUUUAUGGUUUCUACCUGCUCAUAAGGAGGUUCUGAGUCCUGGACAUGAAGGAGGGAAAGAAGAAAGUGUUGAGAUGGGGAAGUAUGUUUUUUCUAGGUUUUUUUUUUUCAUCGUGACUAAUAUUAAAAUAUCUUUGCCAUGAUUUCACAUUGCUUGUCUUCUCAAUGGGUGGAAGAUAGGAAGAGGGAGAGGCAAAAAUUGGAACUCAAAAUUUUUAAGACAAUGUUAAAAAUAUUUUUUCUUAAAAAAGGAAGAAGAUUGUUCUCUCUACAUCAUGCUGCCUACUGAUGAAAAAAGAUUUUUGAAUAGUUGUAAGUGGUGCUGGUGGGCCAGGAAGCAGAGGAAAUAUUUUAGCCCAAGGUUGUCAACAUUGAAAAUAAAAUCUUCUCAAAUAAA